AUGAACCAGACAGGUAACUACACAAAAAUACCUCUUUUUGCCGUUCACUACUCAAAAUUGUAUAUUUAUAACAGAAUUGAAAAUAGGUCUCGAAAAGUUCAUGCCGAAAUGAAACCCGACAAUUCUGUAAAAUAUCAAAGUAUGGCAAAAGAAAUAUCGAUAUCUACAAUGCUUAUAGCUGUUGUUUGUGGAUUUUUAAUUUGCAAUACUUUGUUUUUUGUCACUUAUGUUCUCGGAUUUAUUCUUCCCCCGGAUACAGUUUUGUGGACUGUUCCCUGGCAGCAUGUUCUUGUAAUGGCUAAUCAAUUAAUUAAUGCCUGCAUUUUUUAUUUAUUUAUUGACCAUUAUCGACGUACUGUAGCCAAAUUACUUUGGCCCUGCCGUUAUGUUUCUAAAUAUUCUGUUGGCCCAACUUCUGUUACAGAAGAAACUAAUCUUCAAAGUUAUGAAACAUCAAAGAAAAAUCAAGCUAAUGCAAAUCAGUCAUUUUGA